CGGCAUUCUGCCAUAAUGGAUGCUAGCGUGUGGACGGAGGCGGAGAUGGAGAUGGAUUUAUGUGCGCCGCAUGACGAUUCCUACACGCAUCUCCUUUUGCUCGAGGAGUACUGCCUUUUAAAAAAACGGAAAGCUUUGCUCGAGCUCCGGGUUCCACGGCGUUGGUGGGUGAGACCCAUCUGGGAGAAUCGGAAGGAGGAAUCCGAGUUCCACACCGCGAUGCCGCUGCUCAUGAACGCCGACACGGAGUAUUUUCAGAAGUACUAUAAGAUGUCGACAGAAAAGUUUGAGGAGCUCCAUGCCCUCGUUGAAGGGCCGCUUACGAAGCCCUUCGUUGUGCGGGAACCUAUACCGUCACGCGCACGACUUGCAAUGACUCUCAGGUACAUGGCAUCAGGGAUGCAAAUUCAAGAUAUCGCCCUGGCAUUCAGAGUGGGCAUCUCAACAGCUGAUAUUAUUAUCCGCGAGACUUGCAAGGUGUUGUGGGAAAUUCUUCAGCCCAUUUGUCUCAAGGUGCCAACUACUUCCGAUUGGCAGAAGGUAGCCGAAGGAUUUUUUGAAAAAUGGAACUUCCCGAAUUGUGUAGGUGCCGUGGAUGGGAAACACGUGCAGAUUCAGGCCCCACCAAAUUCAGGCAGCCUAUACUUCAACUAUAAAGGCACAUACUCUAUAGUACUUAUGGCUAUAGCAGACAGCAAUCUGAAGUUUAUCCUAGUAGACGUUGGGGCCUAUGGGCGGCAGAGCGAUGGCGGAACACUCGGAGCCUCAAGGCUAGGGAAAUUCUUGGAACGUGGCCUCCUCGGUCUCCCGGCACCAAAAUGCCUACCAGAGACUUCGACGGUGGCACCCCACGUUUUCGUAGGGGACGAAGCAUUCCAGCUUCGCCCCGACUUUCUUCGGCCUUACCCAGGUAGAGGCCUAGAUGAAGGCAAACGAAUAUUCAACUAUCGGCUCAGUCGUGCAAGGAGGUGUGUUGAAAACGCAUUCGGGGUGAUGGCCUCGAGGUUUCGAAUUUUUCGCCGAGUUAUUAACCUGCACCCCGAGAAUGCAGAUUACGUGGUAAUGGCUGCAUGUGUGCUGCACAAUUUUCUGAGUGAAGAUGCAGCUUACAUGCCACCGAACUAUGCGGACUCAGAAGACUGCUACGGUAACGUGACUGAAGGCCAGUGGCGGGAAGAAGACACCCAAGCCAUGCUUGAAUUGGCGCCUCCGGUGGGCCACAACUACAGUCGCAGUGCAGCUGCAACAAGGGAGAUUUUCAAGAACUAUUUUAAUAGCACGCAAGGAGCCGUGCCAUGGCAGUGGGCAUCAGCUGGACUGCGGCACUGAAGACAAUGCUCUGUGCCACCUCUCUCUCUCUCUCUCUCUCUCUGUGUGUGUGUGUGUGUGUGUGUGUGUGUGUGCGUGCGUGCGUGCGUGUGUGUGUGUGUG